AUGAAUCGGUGGAAUAAUGAAGUUGGAAGAAAGAUUUUAAAAAGACAUACAAAACCUAAAUGUAAAUGUCAUGGAGUUAGUGGUUCUUGUAAUUUGAAAACUUGUUGGAUGCAAUUACCUCCCAUACGACAAAUUGGCAACAUUCUACAAGUUUGUAUUUACGAUUUAUUUAAGGUUUACAGUCUCUAG